AUGGACGAGGAAGAAUCAUUUUUCGAAGGUGAAAACAGCGCACCUGUUUAUGAUGAUGAAUUAAAUGAAAAUAUAGAUUAAGAUGACUGUUGGAAAAUUAUUGAUGAAUAUUUCAAGGAUAAUGGUCUCUGUUCUCAUUAAAUUAAAUCUUACAAUCACUUUAUUGAAUCUCUUCCUUUAAUCAUGGAAGACUUUAAGAUUGAAGUGAGACCUACUGAAAAUUAUAUGAAUUCUAAUAAAAAGGAAUAGCAAAUUAGGAGCUAAACUUCAUACACUUUAACAUUUGACAGGCCUCGUAAACCUUUGCCUCCUUAAAAGUUCCAUAUGGAAAGAACUUUUGGAUGGGGAAGAAGAGGAUAGGAUGCUUAAUCUUCAAGCCAUGCACAAAAGAUCUAUCCUAUGAUGGCUCGUAUCAGUGAUUUGGAUUAUUUUGUAGAAAUUAAAAUUCCAGUUUAGUUAGUCAGAACCAUCAAACAUCCUGAUGGCACAGAACAAAAAGAGUUAAUCACAAGCAGAGACAAAAACCAAAAUUUAAUCACACUUUUCAAAUUACCCGUCAUGGUUCAAUCCAUGUAUUGCAGUCUUGCAGGAGAAAAUCUUGAAGGUAGAAUCAAACACGGUGAAUGUUAAUUUGAUUAAGGUGGUUAUUUCAUUAUCAAAGGUUCAGAAAAAGUCAUCAUUGCUCAAGAACGUAUGGCCUUCAACUUCGUUUAUGUCUUCCAACAAAAAGAUCCAAAAAUGCCUUGGAUAGCAGAAAUCAGAUCAAUCAGAGACAAAACUAAUGCUGUUUAAUCUAAAUUUGCUUUAAAAUUAAAACUUAGAGACGGAGAAUAUCAACUUUAUGCAAGAUGCAAACUUAUUAAUGAAGAUAUCCCUAUUUUCGUUUUACUUAAAGCUCUUGGUUGUGUUGAAAGUGAUAAGGAAAUGAUGGAACGUAUAUUUUAUAAUUUAAAGGAUCCUAAAAAUGAAUAAAUGAUGGAAAUGCUUCGUUCCUCCCUCUUGCUCGCUCAACAUUGUAACAAUAAAAGAGAAGCCCUUAUUUUCAUCGGUUACAGAAUUAAUGCAACCACAAAUUAUAGAGGAUCUCAAGAAGCCAUGCAAUCAGCAGAAGAUACUCUUAAGCUUUACUUACUCCCUCAUAUUGGUACCCAAGAAUCUGAUAAUGAUAAAAAGCUUUUCUUCAUUGGAUAUAUGAUUUAAAAAUUGUUAAAUGCUGCUCUUGGCAAGACUCAAGAAGAUGAUAGAGAUCACUAUGGUAAAAAGAGAUUGGAUAUGGCUGGUGCACUUAUCAGUUAGUUAUUCAAGGAAAGACUUAGAAUAUUCCAAAAGAAUGCAAAGAAGAAUUUGCAAUAAAAAAUAAAUGACAUAUCUAGAGAUGCUCAAAAAUCUCUUAAUGUUAUUGUAGAUAUUUUCGAUCAUAAGUUGAUUUCAGAUCAUAUUAGAUUGGCUCUAGCCACUGGUAAUUGGGGUUAGACAGCAGACGGAGAAGUAGUCAAAACUGGUGUUGCUUAGGUAUUAAAAAGAGAUACUUCAUUAUUCGCAACUAUGUCUCACAUGAGAAGAGUUAAUGCUCCUAUGAAAUCAGCUGCUAAGCUUGCCAGACCUCGUUAAUUGCACAAUACUCACUACGGUUUAAUUUGCCCUGCUGAAACUCCUGAAGGUUAGAAAAUUGGUAUGGUUAAAAACUUGUCUCUAUUGGCUUAAGUUUCCCUAGGUCUAAGUUCUUAGGAUAACUUAAAGAUUCAAGAAUAGUUAGAAGAACAAAUUAACUAAUUUGAUAUUCUUAAUCUUAAGCUUGAAAAGAUUCCUUACUAAACAAAAGUGUUCUUCAAUGGUAAUUGGAUUGGUUUUACCGAAACACCUGAAUAAAUUAUUGAUGUCUUUAAGGAAAUUAGAAGAUUGCAAAAAAUCGAUGGUUUUUCUAUUGUCAGAGAUAUUAUUAACAAAGAAAUCAGAAUUUACACUGAUCAAGGUAGAGGUAUGAGACCAGUUUUUACUGUGUAAGAAAUCUGUGAAGGAAAAAAUAGACUCAAGAUUACAAAAUCUAAAUUAUAUGCUAUCCUCCAGUAAUUUGAAGGCAAGGCAUUUUAAAAAUUAAUUGAUGAAGGUUUUAUUGAACUUUUGGACGUCGAAGAAGAAGAAGGUGCUUUAAUUGCUGUAGAUAUAAAUGAUUUUUACCACACUGAUGAUCCAAGAAGAACUAAUCUUCCUUUCACUCAUUGCGAAAUUCACCCUGCUAUGAUUCUUGGUGUCUGUGCUUCCGUUAUUCCUUUUGGACAUCACAACUAAGGUCCAAGAAAUACUCUUUAAUCUGCUAUGGGUAAACAGGCUAUGGGUUUAAAUUCAACUAAUUUCCAUAUGAGACUUGACACUCUUUGCCAUAUUUUGUACUAUCCUCAAAUUGCACUUGCUUCAAGUAAAUCUCUCUAAUACAUUACUGCUAAAGAUAUUCCUAUUGGAAGUAAUGCAGUUGUAGCUAUUGCUUGCUUUACUGGUUACAACCAAGAAGAUAGUAUUAUCAUUAAUUAGAGUGCCAUAGAUAGAGGUCUCUUUAGAUCUAUCCUCUACAGAACUUACAAAACAACAGAAAAGAAAGAACAUAUGGGUCUUAAUCCUGUCAUUGAACAUAUUAGAUUCCCCGAUGAAAAGAAAACUAUCAUCCCUGCAAGUUAUUCGUUCCUUAAAUUGGACUAUGAUGGAAUCAUACCACCUGGAACUUAAGUAACUGGUGAAGAUGUCUUGAUUGGUAAAGUUGUUGAAUUACCAAAGACUGAAGGAUCUGACAAAUAAUAUAAGGAUGUUUCUUUGGGAUGCAGAAGAUCUGAAAUUGGUUAUGUUGACACUGUUAUUCUCUCAGAAGAUAAGGAUGGUAUGUAUAUUGUAAAGGUCAAGCUUCGUUCUAAUAGAAUUCCAUAAAUUGGUGAUAAAUUUGCUUCCCGUCAUGGUUAAAAAGGUACAUGCGGUAUGACUAUUAGAGGUGAAGAUUUGCCAUACAACAUUGAAGGUAUCAUUGCUGAAUUGGUUAUUAAUCCACAUUGUAUUCCCUCUCGUAUGACUAUUGGUCAUAUGAUUGAAGGUCUUAAUUCAAAGCUAUCUUCUUUAAAGGGUAUUUGGGGUGAUGCUACUCCAUUCUCUGGCAUUAAAUUACAAGAUAUUGCCUCCGAACUUCACACUUAUGGAUAUCAAAGAUAUGGUAAUGAAGUCUUGUACAAUCCUUACACAGGUAUGAGACUCUCUACUUAAAUUUAUUAUGGUCCUACUUUCUAUCAACGUCUUAGACAUUUAGUCGAUGAUAAAAUGUAUUCUCGUUCUAGAGGUCCAGUUGUAGCAAUUGUCAGACAACCUACUCACGGUCGUUCCAGAGGUGGUGGUUUACGUUUUGGUGAAAUGGAAAGAGAUUGUAUCAUUGCUCACGGUACCAGUAAUUUCUUAAAAGAAAGAACAUUUGGCGUUUCUGAUCAGUUCAGAACCCAUGUUUGCUCAAGAUGUGGUUUGUUUGCUAAAGCAGAUGUUACAAAUCACAAGUAUGACUGUACUGGCUGCUCUUAAGGUGAUAAGAAGCACUACAAAAUCGUCCAAGUGUAUCUCCCAUAUGCAGCUAAGCAACUUAUUCAAGAACUUAUGGCUAUGCAUAUUGUUCCAAGAAUUAAAGUUGAUGUCACUAGUAAAAAGUAUGUUUGA